AUGACGAAAAAAAUAAAUAAACAAACUUUGUUCACCCGCAAAAGAUUACUAUUCGAAAAAAAUAAUCCCAUAAAGGCAAAAAAAGCACGCGCAAAAAAGGGUUCAAAAAAUAAAGAUCACGUGGAUGAUGUUCUUGUCGCAUCCGCAGCCCAGUCCCUGACGUAUUCAACCUUGUGCCAAGGGAUGGUGAUAUUAGGAAGAGUUCAUGAAGCAACAGAUUACGAUUUGAUCGUUUCUCUACCAGGCCGUUUAGGUGGCCGAGUCAAGGUCACAGAUAUCAGUGAAUCUUACACGAAUUUGCUGCAGAGCAUAGUCAAUUCGAAAAGCGAUUCACUCUCCGAUUUCAAGUCCCUGCCGGAGCUGUACACGGCAGGGGAUUAUGUCGUUGCUUAUGUGAAAGCUCUGGAUGAAGAUGAAAGAUGGCGAGUCACCUUAUCCUUGGAAUCGAGUCUGGUCAACCAAAAUUUAAGUGCCAAUUUCUUAUCGAAGGGUUCCAAAAUUGUCUGCACGGUAGGCAGCAUUGAGGAUCACGGAUAUGUCAUUGAGACUGGAAUCAAUAAUGUGAGAGCAUUUUUAUCAAAGAAGGACGUCGAGGGAAACACUGAAUAUUUUCCAGGAAAACAAAUUACCUGCGCGGUAAAACACAUAAAAAUGGCCGACAACUCGUCCACAAUUGCACUCUCGACAAAGCAGAAACACUUGGAGAUGGUCCUCGAAGAAAUAAAAUCCCUAGAUAGUCUUAUCCCCGGUACGGAAUUAACUCUCACCGUGAAAAAUGUACUUUCCAACGGCUUACAAGUCACCUAUAACGAUGAAAGCAUCGGCUACAUUAACCAAAUCCACAUUCCCAAGACUCUGUCCCACUACACACCCGGAAUGGAAGUCGAUGGAACAUUGCUUUACGUAAUUCCAACCGUGAAAUUCGCCUACUUCACUCUCCUCAAGCGAACAGCUGAAAAGUCCCAACUAAACAAGGGCGAUAUCGUGGAAAGCGCUCGAGUUUUGUGUCGAGAAUCGAACGGAGUGGUUCUCAAAUUAGGAAAAGGUUUGAGAGGAUUCCUCCCGUAUCGGCGAACCGACAUCAGCUUUGGCAAAAUGCACGAGGUCUUUGUUCCCGAAUCUGAGCACAAGUGUCGCAUCAUCACCUACGAUCCGAUGGACAGAGUUUAUAUUUGCACGAUGGAGAAGGCACUCAUCAAUGAGAUGCGCCUCUCCAGAUCUAGUUUCACACCCGGGGAAAUAAUGGGUGUGACAAUUGCGGAAAUCAAUGAAGAUACCGGAUUCGUGACGGUCUCUUUCGGGAAAAAUAUCGGAACAGUUCCGCCAGAACAUGUUUCCGAUAUGGGAGGACUGACAUCUGACAUAAAAGUGGGUCAAGUGGUGAAAGCUAGAGUCCUGAGCAGCAGUGAACGAUGUGUAAAGUUCACGCUUAAGUCUCUAUUAAUCAACGACAAAUUGCCUCUGCUAGAUGAUAUCCAGAAGGCGAAGGUCGGCGCCUUCCAUCACGGAACGAUUCGACAGAUUACACCGAGAGGAAUGCUGGUAAAGUUUUUCGGAGAACUUGCCGGAUGGGUUCCCUCGUCGUUUCUCGAUCCGCGAACAGCGAAGAUGAACUGGAAUCACUUCAUCGGACAAGUGGUGACUGUGGAGAUCCGGGUUGUGCAUCCGAGGGAAAGCCGACUGACGCUGAAGAUUGUGAGGGAUCAGAAGAAAAAGGAAGCCAGUUUUAAAAUCGGUGAAGAGGUCCUUGGACUUGUUGUUGAUUCUUCAGUGGAGGGAAUACAGUUGAGGAUUAAGAAGGAGGGUCUGGAGACGAUUGGAUUUCUUCCAGCUGGUCAUAUCGCGCCUUGUGUGGAACUGGGAGGUCUAAUCGCAGCCAAGACUCUCCCUGGCGAUGAGAUUCUUGCCCUGGUUUUCUCGACCUUUCCUAAUCUGCUUCUAACCACCUCGUUGGUCCCUUCGAAAGAAGAGGCUGACUUCAAAAAACUGAAAGUCAACUCGAUCGUUCUUUUCUCGGUGGAAGAAAUCAGCGAGGAAAAAAUGAAAGUGAGAAUGCCGAUCGAGGGAUUUAAUGAGCCCGGAAUAGUCGAGAAGGCGCGGAUAGAAAACGCGGAUUUGAUACAUCCUCGACAGAUUCUCCAAGGCAAAAUAAUUGCGGUGAAUUUGAAACGAAAGAGAGUGUUUUUAACUACGUAUUUUAGGGACUUUUGCAAGGAAGCCGGCAACACAGAGGAUUUGAUAAUGUCCUCGAUUGAUGCGCUCAGUCUUUAUUUGUCCAAAAUGAAGGAGUUGGGAGAGAAAAGUUUCUACAAGAAGAAGCCGAUAUCGUCAGUGAAGAUGGGCCAGAAAGUUAAGGGUGUUGUGGAGAAGGUGACGGCGCAUGGUCUCGUUUUGAAGCUGAAGAACAAUUUGCAAGCCACGGUUCGGAAAGAUCACUACAAGGGGAAUUUGAAGGUAGGAGACAAAGUGGAAGGGACAAUUCUCUGGGUGAAUUUCAUCUACGAUCUUGUGGAAGUAACUCUCUUGAGUCAAUUGAUUGGACACAUCAGACAAAAGCAAGACAAUGUUCAGAAUUUCCCACCCGAGACACUCUUGCGAGGGACUAUUAUUCUCAUCACGAAUUGGUUCAUCCUCGUUCUUCUGAAGGGAGCAAACAGCGGUUGUUUGGUCGCUCUCCCAGCGAGAUUGCACCUGAACGAUCUGAAUCCAAAUUUGUCAACUUAUACCCUCGGCCAGAAGGUUCGUUGCUACACUGUAUUGACUGAAGCAGAUACUAAUCUGUUACCCAUCUGUCUACCAAAGGCAGUUUUUGACGCGAAAAAGGUGAACAAGCCGCAGAAUCUUGUGAAGAAAUCUGCUCUGAUAAAGAAAACUGAAAUAAAGGAAGAGAAUAGCAAGAAAAGGAAGAGCGAGCCAGAAGAGAAAGAAGAGAAGAAAAGGGCGAAGAAGGAAAAAUUGAAAGAAGUGGAGGCGGUAGAAGAAGUUGAAGAAAGUGCUGAAGAAUCUGAAGAUGAAAAGAGCAAAUUGACUAUCCCUGAGUGCGGAUUUUACUUUGACACGACACCAAGUGUUGUGUCUCUAAAUGAGGAAUCUUCGAGCGACAGUGAGACGGAAGAUGAUCAACCGAAGCAGAAAAAGAAGAAGUUGUCUGGCGCUGAGCGUCGUGAGCAGGAGAGGCAGAAAGAGAGAGAGAUUCGAGAACGUGAGGAGGCACUGGCUUCCUCGCAGAUGCCAAAUUCGGUGGAUCAGUUUGACAGAUUAGUUCUUGGGAGUCCUGACAGCUCGCUCGUUUGGAUGCAGUACAUGGCCUAUCAUCUGCAGGCUACGGAAGUUGAGAAGGCGAGGGCGGUCGCGAAACGAGCAGUGAAAACAAUCAACUUCCGGGAGGAGGAUGAGAGGCUGAAUGUCUGGCAGGCUUGGUUGAACCUGGAAUCGAGAUUUGGCACUCCUGAAUUGCUGGAUGAAGUUUUUCAGGAAGCUAUCAGGGUCAAUGACGCCGAGAAGAUUUAUAGUCACAUGCUGACUAUUUAUGCUGAUACUGGGAAGCAAAAAGAUAUGGAGAAGAUGGUGAAUAUGAUUGUGAAGAAGUUUAAGGAGAAGCCGGAAAUGUGGAUUAAGUGUGGAUCGUCGUUGCUGAUGGUGGGGUUGAAGGAGAAGUCGAGGCAUAUCAUGCAGAGAGCACUGCAAUCUUUACCAGCACAUGAACAUGUUAAUUUAAUAAUAAGAUUCGCACACCUGGAGAACAAUUUUGGAGACAAAGAGAGAUCGCAAACGCUUUUUGAGCAAGUUGUGACGACUUAUCCAAAACGUACCGAUGUGUGGUCGUCCUAUGUGGAUAGUUUAGUUAAGUCAGGAGAUAUUGAGAUAGCGAGGAAAGUGCUGGAACGGUCGGUUACCACACUGGUUCUUCCGCCGAGGAAGAUGAAAGUUUUGUUUAAAAAAUUCGUCAAUUUUGAAGAACAAUUCGGAACACCGGAAGCUGUUCAAAAAGUUCGAGAACAGGCCACCGAGUAUGUGAAAGAACACAGUAAAUGACUGCCGUUUUUAUCUUAAAAACUACUUUGUUCAUAUGAUUAUGUAAAC